GCUGGGAGAUAAAAAGGAAGAACUUCUGGACCUUGGCUCCUGGAUUAGGUAUAUAUCUUUCUCAUCUUAGGAAACUGAAAAUGGCACAAUGUGAACUGGUGGCAAUUGAGAAUCAACUGGAAGCUACAGAGGAAAAUUUGAAAAUAGCUAACGAGGAAAUAUACAAGUACAAGCAGCAAAUUGAACAAACACAAGAACAGCUGCAGCAGGCAGAGCUCACCUUCAGACACCAGAUUGCAGUUCAUGAGAAAAAUGCUCAGCACAACUGGAUCAAGACUCAGAUCUGGGACAGGGAGGUGGCAGAAGAGAGCAGGGAGGUCGCCCACUUGAAACAGACUGGAUGUUAUGGAAGGAAAGAGGCUGCCUGAGGGACACAUGAGACAGAAACCAAUGCCUGGAAGACCAAAGAUGCAGAACCCUCCAAGGAGAGGGCCAUUAGCAGAUCCAGAAACCGGUGUGACCUCUGUGAGUUACAGCAGCUCUGACUGUACCAAGAAAGCAGACAAGGACAAGAGAUUAAGAUCACCUCUGGCUGUUAAAGACCCUAAGCUGCUGGUGACUUCUGAACUCGAGUCCCUCAGCCAGGCUGCUGAGAGACAACACGUAGGCAUGUAAGUACCCUCUCCACAUUACCUCUUCCUAAGACGCUACCUUGCCCUCUUCUACUUCAGGGUGGUAGCCACUGGAAGGUCAGAUGCUGUGAAGGACCUCCCCUCAUGCAGACCUGUCAGAGUGGAGCAAAUACUGCUACCUGCAUGCUGCUGCCACCUCAUGGUCACAUCUUUCUCCUUCAGCCUGAAAACUCUUGAACUCAACCGUACAUUCUUCCCAACGUUGAAUGUUUUUCUGAAUUGGAAUUAUUUGAUUCUGUUGUAUUGCCGCUAAAAAGAAUGCAUGGAAACAAAUUAAAAACAAGGAUUCUUUAGAAUAAGUGAGCUAGUCACAGUGAAACACCUGUCCAUUUGUACAUUUUUGGAAAAUGUUAAGCCAUGAUGUGAAAAACAUCGUCCAGAAUCUAAAUAGGUCCAUGCUGUAGGAUCACCAACUUUAUAGUGAGCCCAUCAGUGACACACUCUUUGAAAAUCAGAAAAACACAUAAUUCCAUACUAUAGAAUACAAUGUGGCAUAUAUGUUAUCAUCUUAGUGUAAAAUAUGUAAAAUGGCUACUUUGGCCAAUUAUAUUUAUUGUGUAUUCAAUUUUUUAUAACAUACAUGCUAUUAUUUAAAUAAAACAGCAGUAAGAACAUGAAAAUGAGUGUCAACUGUUAGUAAAUAACAGAACUCAUUAUGCAGUUACAUGUGUUAAAACAAUGAUUAUUCAUAUACUUUUAAUAUUAUUACAGUUU